GUUAUUACCUGGAAAAAUAAUGAAAGACAAUUCAAGCCAACAAAUCUUUGAAUCAACCGGUGGACACAUUCAUUUCCUUAAUGUUUUAGAUAAAAAUUGUAAAGUAUUGUGUUUUAUAAUAUGAGGGGAUACAAUUUUCUUUGAGGGAUGGCACUUACUGCAUUGUGCGCUGUUGUCAUUCUGUUUGCCUCUAUAUCCACGUCCACAGGUGAAUGUGAAGUCUUUUGUUUUGGAGCAGAAUUCUGUCGUCAAAAUAUUUGUUAUCAGUGUCCUAAAGGAACUUAUCAAAAUAAAACAGUACACCAAGACCUAUCUUGUACACCUUGGACAAUAAACAAAGGUCAAGGCUGGACUAUAGAUCAACAAGGGACAAACAAGAGUGACAUCGUGUGGAAAUGUGCCAACGGUUUCUCUUUGUUCAACAACACUGACUGCAUACCGAACGAGCCAACAGACAGACACGUACUUACGAUUGUAUUAGCUGUUCUGGUUCCCCUAAUUGUCACGGCGUUAAUAUCCAUAACUGUUUAUUUUGUGCUGAAACGACAGAAACUCUUGUGUUUUGCUGACUCAUCCAAGAAAAUAACAUAUGCAGACCAAACUAAGAGGGCACCAGACGAUGCUGUGGAACUUCUACAUCCAACAGAUAAUGGCACCACUCAAAACUCUACAAUCAAUGCUGCUCAAAUGCAAACAUUGGCAACAAGCGCUGGACUAAAUACAUUUGCAGAGUACCAUACUAAUAUAUCAGCUCAAAUUAACAACAAACCAGCAUCUACUAAGAUUGUUAGACCGUCUGCUCAGAUUUCUCCUAUCAGCACCGAAGCACCACGAAGUAUAACCGCACAGAAUGCAAUGUUAUUAAAAGUAUUACUAAGUAACAUACAGAAAAUAGUCACCCACGAUGAGUUUCAAGAACUGUUUACCAUUUAUCUCCUUCCUUGCCCUAAUGAAAUGCACGAUCCGGACUUAGUGUCCACUUUUUUACACUGGGCUGAAAAGAAUCCGGAACACGACUUUGCGUCUGCUAUUCGGGCAGCUCUCGAACAUCUCGAGUACCUGUUUCCAGAUCAAUCCAGUAACAGCUCUUCUGUCGCAGAUGCGAUGAAGGAUCUGAACCAAGCCAUACAGAAAAGAACUCUCCUCACACUUAGUUUCAGAAGACUGUGCCUUAGUUUGUGCGAGGAUUAUUUAGGUAGAGACAUUUAUAACCUUUUUGUUCAUCUGAAUAUCAGCUCCAAAAACACGCUGGAGAGGGAGCACAAUCUCCAGCAGCUUGUUAGGUGGAGUUACAGACAGCCGUGUAGGAAGUCUGAGACUUGGAGCGCACUUACAGAACUGAAGUCUGCGCUGCUUAAGAUUAAAAGAAAAGAUAUAGCAGACACAUUUGAUAACUUAGCAGAAGACACGAAUAAGGUGUUUCUUACAAUGUUUCUGUGAGCUGAAAAAGAUUCAUAUUUGUUAUUAUUUUUAUAUGUCAAUAUACCAUUAACUUUUUUUACUAUUUUUUACUCAUUGGUUUUAUUUGAGUGUGCAUUUACUUUCCAUGUAUUUACUUACUUUUUUAAUGACUUUGUUUUAUAAAAGUCUUUUAAAAUUAAAUAGUGAUAAGUAAGGAAAACGUAUCUUAAAGUCAUAUCAUAAAUGUUUUGUUGCUUUACACUUGCUAUAUUCAAUUCAAAGUUUGUAGUGAUGGUUUUAUUAAAGUUUAAUUGUUCAAAUAUGUAGUUCAAGAAUUUUAGUGUACUCUCUUCAAUGCUUUUAACCAAUAUCAGUAAUUGUUAACUUUUGUGUUCUUUACGUCGUAGGUCCACUGGUGUUUAUAAUCUGAGCAAAACUAAAGUAAAGUAAAGUUUCCAUUUCAGACCUUGCGAGCUAUGGGGUAGAUGAUGCUUCUUUGGCCAGCAGUUAACGAUCAGGGUGUCACCUGGCCAGUACAGAGACCAACCGCCUUUCUUUUCUCCAUCUAAAGUCAGGUAUUAAUUAUCCAUGAGAUAUGGUCCAGAGGUACGACCAAUGACAGAAACACAGCUUGAGAUCAACACCCAGUAAAUUACCAUUUGUAUAAAUAAUGCUAAAAAUAUCAAUGUUUUCGAUAAUGAAGAUUAAAAAUGAGUGAUGUGUUUCACAGGACUACACAAACCCAGUUCCAGCCUGCAUAUUUGUUUCCGCAUCUGAUCGACACCAUUCGUUAUAGAAGGCCUGAACACUGAUCUGCAACGUCACAACCUGUGGGCAGUUUAGACCAAUAGCUCGUUGCCACAACGUACAGACUUGUGACGUGACAACGAGCAAUUGGUCUAAACUGCCCACAGCUUGUGAUGUUGCAGCUCAGUCUUCAGGCCUUCUAUAAUGCUUGGUCUCAAUCUGAUGCAGUCAAAGCCGUGGUUCGAUGGCGGUCUAGUUAAUUUUAAUGUCGUGUUCUGCGCAUGUCUUCCAUAAGGCCUUAAAUAAGAACUUUUCUUUGGGUCUCAAAUGUGUGGCACGCUGUUUUGUGGCAGCUCUCAAACACAAAUAAGACGUAAAUAAAAACUACGUAUGUAUUUCUAACAAAAAAAUGGCAUUAUUGUAAUCCUCACAACAUCUAAAGCAGAUAACUUUUAAACAAAUAACAUCUUUUUUUUGUAUACAUACAGAAUCUAAGAAUUUCUGAUAUAUAUUAAUUUUAAAAGCUUCACGAUAAUUUUUGUGUACUGUAAAAUAAAAUGUGAAUGAGCUUUUGCUUUAGCGCACGUAAGUUUUAUUUAAAUAGUUGUUAAAAUGAUCUUUCAAUAUUGUGUACUUGACAUUGCGUACUUGACAUUGUGUACUUGACAUUGAUUAUAGACACUGUGUACUUAACAUUAUUUACUUGACAUUGUGUACUUAACAUUGUGUACCUGCCAUUGUGUACUUAACAUUGUGUACCUGCCAUUGUGUACCUGCAAUUGUGUACUUGACAAUGUGUACCUGUCAUUGUGUACUUGACAAUGUGUACCUGACAUUGUGUACUUGACAUUGUGUACCUGACAUUGUGUACUUGACAAUGUGUACCUGCCAUUGUGUACUUGACACUGUGUACCUGCCAUUGUGUACUUGACAAUGUGUACUUGACAAUGUGUACUUGACAAUGUGUACUUGACAAUGUGUACGUGACAUUGUGUACUUGACAUUGUGUACUUGACAUUGCGUACUUGACAUUGUGUACUUGACAUUGAUAUAGACACUGUGUACUUAACAUUAUUUACUUGACAUUGUGUACUUGACAUUGUGUACCUGCCAUUGUGUACUUAACAUUGUGUACCUGCCACUGUGUAAUUGACAAUGUGUACCUGCCAUUGUGUACCUGCAAUUGUGUACUUGACAAUGUGUACCUGUCAUUGUGUACUUGACAAUGUGUACUUGACAAUGUGUACUUGACAAUGUGUACGUGACAUUGUGUACUUGACAUUGUGUACCUGCCAUUGUGUAUUUGACAUUGUGUACCUGCCAUUGUGUACUUGACAAUGUGUACUUAACAUUGUGUACUUGACAUUGUGAACUUGACAUUGUGUACUUGACAUUGUGAACUUGACAUUGUGUACCUGCCAUUGUGUACUUGACAUUGUGUACCUGCCAUUGUGUACUUGACAUUGUGUACCUACCAUUGUGUACUUGACAUUGUGUACUUGACAUUGUGUAACUGCCAUUGUGUACUUGACAUUGUGUACCUACCAUUGUGUACUUGACAUUGUGUACCUACCAUUGUGUACUUGACAUUGUGUACUUGACAUUGUGAACUUGACAUUGUGUAUUUGACAUUGUGUACUUGACAUUGUGUACCUGCCAUUGUGUACUUGACAUUGUGUACCUACCAUUGUGUACUUGACAUUGUGUACUUGACAUUGUGUAACUGCCAUUGUGUACUUGACAUUGUGUACCUGCAUUGUGUACUUGACAUUGUGUACCUACCAUUGUGUAUUUGACAUUGUGUACUUGACAUUGUGUACUUGAUAUUGUGUACUUGACAUUGUGUACUUGACAUUGUGUACCUGCCAUUGUGUACUUGGCAUUGUGUACUUGACAAUGUGUACUUGACAUUUUGUACUUGACAUUGUGUACCUGCCAUUGUGUACUUAACAUUGUGUACUUGACAUUGUGUACUUGACAUUGUGUACCUACCAUUGUGUACUUGACAAUUUGUACUUGACAAUGUGUACUUGACAUUGUGUACCUGCCAUUGUGUACUUGACAUUGUGUACCUACCAUUGUGUACUUGACAUUGUGUACUUGACAUUGUGUAACUGCCAUUGUGUACUUGACAUUGUGUACCUGCCAUUGUGUACUUGACAUUGUGUACCUACCAUUGUGUAAUUGACAUUGUGUACUUGACAUUGUGAACUUGACAUUGUGUACUUGACAUUGUGUACUUGACAUUGUGUACCUGCCAUUGUGUACUUGACAUUGUGUACCUACCAUUGUGUACUUGACAUUGUGUACUUGACAUUGUGUAACUGCCAUUGUGUACUUGACAUUGUGUACCUGCAUUGUGUACUUGACAUUGUGUACCUACCAUUGUGUAUUUGACAUUGUGUACUUGACAUUGUGUACUUGAUAUUGUGUACUUGACAUUGUGUACUUGACAUUGUGUACCUGCCAUUGUGUACUUGGCAUUGUGUACUUGACAAUGUGUACUUGACAUUUUGUACUUGACAUUGUGUACCUGCAAUUGUGUACUUAACAUUGUGUACUUGACAUUGUGAACUUGACAUUGUGUACCUGCCAUUGUGUACUUGACAAUUUGUACUUGACAAUGUGUACUUGACAUUGUGUACCUGCCAUUGUGUACUUGACAUUGUGUACCUACCAUUGUGUACUUGACAUUGUGUACUUGACAUUGUGUAACUGCCAUUGUGUACUUGACAUUGUGUACCUGCCAUUGUGUACUUGACAUUGUGUACCUACCAUUGUGUACUUGACAUUGUGUACUUGACAUUGUGAACUUGACAUUGUGUACUUGACAUUGUGUACUUGACAUUGUGUACCUGCCAUUGUGUACUUGACAUUGUGUACCUACCAUUGUGUACUUGACAUUGUGUACUUGACAUUGUGUAACUGCCAUUGUGUACUUGACAUUGUGUACCUGCAUUGUGUACUUGACAUUGUGUACCUACCAUUGUGUAUUUGACAUUGUGUACUUGACAUUGUGUACUUGACAUUGUGUACUUGACAUUGUGUACUUGACAUUGUGUACCUGCCAUUGUGUACUUGGCAUUGUGUACUUGACAAUGUGUACUUGACAUUUUGUACUUGACAUUGUGUACCUGCCAUUGUGUACUUAACAUUGUGUACUUGACAUUGUGAACUUGACAUUGUGUACCUGCUAUUGUGUACUUGACAAUUUGUACUUGACAAUGCGUACUUGACAUAGUGUACUUUACAUUGUGUACUUGACAAUGUGUACUUGACAUUGUGUACUUGACAUUGUGUACUUGACAAUGUGUACUUGACAUUGUGUACUUGACAUUGUGUACUUGACAAUGGGAAGUCUAUUUAGUUAUUGCAAAUAUGUUCCCAACCCUCCAUUUUUUAUUGCUCCCUUAUCCUUUGAUUUAGUUGUCAUUAUAUCGCUCCAAAUAUCUCCACAUCAGGUUUAAAACUUGACCGCUGCCAUGCUUUAUCUUCCUGUUCGAGGUUUGGACAAGGAUGUAGACAUUUUCAGCUCUGAAGCGUCAUCCGAAACAUUUUAAAAAAUCAAUGUUUUACAAACAGUGAAAAUUAGUUUAUCUUCUUUCUAUACUAUAAAGUAGAAUGUGAGGUGUAUGUAUGUUACUUAUAGACAUGAAAACCGCUUGACCAAUCUUCAUAAGACUUGGCAGGAAUGUUUCUUGGGUACCAACUUAGACCUUAGUGUAUGUAUUGUAGCCCUAAAACAAACUUAAGACCCUAAAAAAAAUAAAGUUGUCCGACUCUAUUAAAGCUAUAGUAUUUUAUGGAUCUAGGCCAUGUCUUCAAUGUUGACAUGAGAAAAGAUUGAAAGGAUUUAGACUUAGAUAUAAUUUUAAGAAAUACACUUUGCGCAGAUAGUUGUUUACUUUGACACAUGAAAAUACAAAAGAAGAUCCUUUGAUUUCAUUAUAUAAUAAAAUUAACUUUCAAUUAUGUGUUUCAAAAGCAUUUUUUACAUUAAUUAGUUCCUUAUAUAUGUAACUACAGAUUUCCUGACGAACAUUCUUUCAUUAGACAAUACCGUAAUGAAUCGCGUACUAAAAAUUAAUUCGUUUAAUUGUUUACUUUUUAAUCCCAUCACUAGAUCUAAAACUAAUUCAACUCUAAGAUGAUAAAACUUCUCUUGGCACAGAUAGUUUUAUACUUAAACACAUGAACAUACUAAUUAUAGUCCCAUUCAUUUCAUAUUUUGAUCAAAUAAGCAUUCAAAUUUGGUUUUCUAAAGCAUUUUAAGAGACCACAUUCGUUUUCAAAAGCUGCGAAGCCGAGUUGAGAUAGGCCUAGAUCUAUAUUCAGUCAUGAAUCGCGUACUAAAAAUUAUUUCGUUUAAUUGUUCACUUUAUAAUCCCAUUCAUUUAACAAAGCUAUCGCUCUUUUCGUUUUUAAUAGAUAUGAAUGUAUCGACUUCGGGUAAACCCAUUUUCGCAAAACUAAUUUUAUUUUCGUAGCGAAAGAGAAAUAACGUGAAAGGAUCAUUAGCUAAGUUUAACAUACAUCUAAAUCCAAUCCACUACAUUAGUAAACACAAACUUAGACCCGCAGGCCGCGGGUAAUGCCAGGCUAGUUACUAUAUAAUGUUGACAAUAUUUAUAAUCCACCAUGAAUGUCUUUUUGUUUUAUAAUUGUGCAUUGUACAUAACAUUACAAUUUAUAAGACUGUUUUAUUCCAUUUAAAAAUGUUCAAAUUACUGUUGUGUACAAUUAAAUGUCUUUCCACAAUUCUUAAUUCCUUGUAAGAAAUUGAUAUU